CAUCAUUUACAUACCUUAAGGAUAACCCCAUAGUCGCAGCUGUAAAGAAGACCAAACGUUUUAAAUUAUAUACUAUUUACUGAGUCAUUCGAGACAGUGCCAGGUGAAUAAACUGGACUUAAAUGACAGUGGAUUAGACGGUUCAUUGAAUUUUCAGAAUAGGUAGAUCCAUGCCUUUUGUUUUCAAGAAGUAGCAAUGGCAGUGAGUACGAGUGACAGGCUUUGGCUCUGACGGAAGGGGGUGAUGAUGCCACUUCUGGACCAACACAUUCUUCUAAUUUAUGUUAUCGGAAACAGGAGUAGUGUAGCAUGCAGCUCCUACAUGGACUAAUAUAGAAGAAGAGAUUGGUAAAAAAAAAAAAAAAACAUUUCCAUGCGUGAAACACGAGAAGACAUCAAAUGGACUGUUGCAUGUAACAAAAUCCGGAUCCUUUUUCCCGCUGGAGAAAAACAGUGGCCACGGCUGACAAUUCGCAGGACUUGAAAGUGUGAAUGACUGACACAGAAGACACAGAAUGGGGGAAGCACUCCAGAAGCCCUGCAUGGUUCAAAAGGAAAUUGAAGAGGCUUGUUUCAGCACUGAAAAGGCUUCCAUGGAAAUCUCUUGCCCCUCUGAUCCACACUGGUGCCUCCCUCCUGGCAUUGCUAGUCUACUGGCAGAGCAACAAACUUUACCACUUUGUCACCCAUAUCUUCAUCUCUCAGUACCGCUUCCCCUACGUGGUACCCCUGUCAUUUGCACAGGUGGUGCUGACUCUGGUGGCCAUGGUGACGCUGCAUGGCCUUGGCUGUGUCACGCUGCAGCCGUACUCUCUGCAGCUGGGUGAACAGUUGCUGGUGCCUUCCAUCUGUGACAGUAUUCAGACGGUGCUGGCGCUGUGGGCGGUCACCUCGCCCUCUGGUCUCUUCCCCCUCACCUUGCAUCUUCUGCCACUUGCUUGCGUGGCCUGGACCCAUGCACUUGGCUUAACGCAGCGCCUCUCAUCUAAAAACACCCUUCUACUGGCUGCUGUUACAUUCACAUCUGUGACAAUCGCAGGCACACGUAAUGUCCUAUGGACUGAGCCCCUGGUGAGGCUCUAUGCCCCGCUUAGCCUCUUCCUGCACAGUCUCUCUCUCUGCUGGCUGGCCAAAGUGGGAAAGACAGCGACAAGGCGAAAGAGGCAGCAUUCGUCCUUGCUCAACCUCUACUUCUGUCUCAACGUGAACAGAAGCCUGGUGCUGGGCUUUUUGUGCCUGCUCCACCCCGACUCCCCGCGAAUGCUGAGCGAGGGCUGCUGGCACAGUCUGCUCUUCCUAGCAUACCUGCUGGCCAUGCUGCUGCUGGGGGUCCUGCAGCACCUCCUGCUGGCCCUCGCCGCUCUCUACUGCUCCCCGCUGGCUGCAGGGCUCAUGCACACGGCGCAGGAUCUGGGGCAGAGCUUCAUCACCCUGCUGUAGCUUAAGGGUGGACUACGGGCGUGUCUGAGGGUGUCCUGCAUCUCAAAACUGCAUACAGAUUCGCUAUACUGCUGGGCGUUGUGAAUGGAAUAAGCUAUCCAAAUGAACAUAAACUUAAUCCUGACUAAACCACUUUCCACUGUUCAUGUCUCUAACCACAGAUGUGCUUGUAGUGGGUCCAAAAACAAAACUGAGACAUGUGGUCUUCUCUAGAAUUCCAACUGUAGUAGACAGCUGAAGAGUUGAAGUUUGCUAGACUAUCCUAAUCUCAUCACACACCAGAAACCAUUCUGGUUAAUGAAAUCUCCCAAUAUACUUCAUACAAUAAACUUUGCAUUGAGUAUACUCAUCAAACGCAAUGAUUGCACAUCUCAGCUGGAGGACAAGACAUUGCAUUUCUGAAAAUAUUGAGGUGAUGAGACUGGAAAUUUUAAGUUGGGAGAAAAAGGAAACAUUUGAGUUUUGAAUACAGUUGGCUAAUAGAGGUCAAGUGCCAGUUCUCCAAUUGCAUAUGACUGGGGUAAAGAUACUUUGCUAUGAGAUUAGCAUGUCUGCAUGAAAGUUGUGCACCCAGCACUUAUUCUUGGUCUUUACCUGUAUUUCAAACACAACUACCUGAUUUUCUAAGAGGACUUCAUUGUCAAUUUCAAUCCCAUAUUUGAAAAGAAAGUCAUAAUAGUUUAGUCUUUUAAAAUAUUAAGAGAAAGUAAAAAAUUGAUUUUACUCAAGGUGUACUGUCCUAUGCAUAUACAGUGCUGUGAAAAAGUAUUUGCCUUGCCUGGAUGUAUUUACUUCCUGAUUUCCUCUGUUAUUGCAUAUUUGUCAUACUGAAUGGUUUUAUUCAUUCAUGGGUUCAUGGGUUCCUUUUGUAUAAUAAAAUAUAUUAUACAAAAGGAACCCAACUUGCCCAAGCCCUGACUUGAAGCAAACAGACACACUGUGGCAGGAUCUGAGACAUGUUCAUACUCAAAAACCUACCAAUUUGUCUGAAUUAAAGCAGUUCUGCAAAGAAGCAUGGGCUAAAAUUCAUCCACAGCGAUGUGAAAGACUGUUAUCAAAUUAUAGAAUGUGUUUGGCUGCAAUUAUUGCUGCUAAAGGUGGUACAACCAGUUAUUAAGUUUAAGGGGGCAAUUAAUAUUUCAUAUGGGUGUUUUAAAAAAAUGUGUUUUUUGUUUACUUAGGUUCCUUUAGUCUAAUGUUAGAUAUUGUCUAAAGAUCUAAAACCAUUCAGUGACAAAUAUACAAUAAUAGAGGAAAUCAGGAAGGGGGCAAAUAUUUUUUUCACAACACUGUAUAAUAAACAUGAAAGUAUUAAUAAAUUUAAGUGCUCAUUAUUGUUUUGUGAAACCAAAUAAAGAAUUUAUAUGAGACUA